AUGCCGCUCUCAAUCGCCGACGCCGACGGCGCAAAAGCAGCAAAAGCAACAGCGAUAUUUCGUCAUCUUCGGAUGACGAAUCGGUCCUACUCCAUUCCGUGGGUGCAGCCAUUUUGUUGUUAUGUAAACAUUCGCGACACAUGCGCACUUACGAGUACGCUUCCUUCUAUGCCUAGAAAUGUAACACUACAACCAGCAGUAUAUACAAUUACUGUUACAUGGUUAGAACCAGACCCACCAAAUGGAAUAAUAACAGCCUACAAGAUAACAUAUUGGAAAACAAGUGAUGAAAGUACUAAAGAAAAUAUAUCGGUAGAGAAUGGUGAUGCACUUGAACACAUUAUCAACGAUCUGGAAUACCAAGUGAACUAUACUGUAAUAGUGUCUGCUUUUACUAGUGUUGGGGAAGGUGAAUACAGUGAUAAAUUGAAUACAAAUACAACAGAAACAAUUCCUCGUAAACCUGCCAGCAUUGUUGUACAAAGAACAACUGAAAACAGCAUAAGAUUCAUAUGGACAGAUCCUACCAUAUUCAGUGGGUAUAUUUUACAAUAUAGAAUAACGUAUAAAUUAUAUGAAUCCAUGUAUUCAUCUACUUUGCUGGAAUCAAAGGAUCUACUCGUUGAGGGCAGUAUUGAUACACACACACUGGAAGGAUUGCCCCCAGGAACACAGUUUGAAAUAUCAGUGAGUGCAAGUACAUCAAAGGGAUUUGGUGAACCUAAAUCAAUUAUCGCUGGAACUAAAAUUGGUAUUGAUGUUUCUGAUAUUCUGGAAGAGCCUCAAGAGACAAAUGAACCAGUAUUAACAGAAACCACUGCUACCAUUGUUUUGAGAAAACCAAAGUCUAACAAAGGCAUUACAACGAAUACACAACUUUUGAGUUAUAUUGUUGUUGUGGAAGAGGAGACGCAGAAUAGAAAGCGUGAUUUAGAAGAUAACCAGUAUAUUACAGCAUCGUUUCCACUGAAUGAAAUCCCUGAUCAACUUAUACUGGGUGAUGGUAUGGAAUAUAAUGGGUAUAACAAUAAACCAUUAACACCUGGACAACAAUAUACCAUAUAUGAUGGGUUUGCAGUGUAUACUACAGGGGUGGAAGAAUUAUUAUUGACAGACGCUCCAAUAGUAUCAUUUCAAGGCGGGGUACCAAUAGAACUAACGCAAAAUCAAAAUGAUGUUAUCAUUGGUGUCGCUGUUUCUGUUGUUAUGGUUCUUAUUGUUAUUGUAGCAGUAUUAGCUGCAGUAUUUAUUGUACGAAGGCGUCAAAGAAAACAGAAAAGAAGUACUGAAUCUGAAGCAAGUGGACGCAAUGUGACAUUGGAGAAUGCAUAUGCAAAUGUGGAAGAUACUAUGAUAACAAGCUCAGAAAGUGAUAAAGAAACUGGUGAAUCUCAAUAUAUGAAUAUAACAGAAGCAAAGAAAGCUCGUGAUGUGGUGAAACCUAACAAACCUAUAAAGCCAACAAAAGUGCCAACUUUUGAACCAGCCAAACCAAGGAGUCUUCCUCCAAAGCCAAAACCUAAAGCCAAGCCAAUACAUAACUCGCAAUACACAAUUAAAAUUAAAGAUUUGGCUGAUUAUGUUAUUAAGAAACGUGAAGAAAAUGAUUUUGUUGCACAAUUUAAGUUGUUGCCUCAAAGCGAAAAUACAGAAAUUCCCUACGAAGCUGCUAAAAUUCCAGAGAACAAAUCAAAGAACAGAUUUCGCAAUGUUCUUUCUUAUGAUCAUUCUAGAGUGGUAUUGGAUGUGAUUAAUGGUGAUCCCAAUUCAGAUUAUAUCAAUGCUAACUAUAUUGAUGGUUACCAGAAAAAUAAUGCAUACAUAGCCACCCAAGGAACAAAUGAUAUAACUAUUAAAGACUUUUGGAGAAUGGUACUAAAAGAAAAUGUUGCCACAAUUUUGAUGGCGACCAACCUCUCUGAAGCUGGGAAG